AUGGGAAAUGGUUCCGUGAAACCGAAGCAUGCCAAGCAUCCAAAUGGCCGCUCUGGGAGCCUCACCACAGAUGCCCUGCGGAACAAGGUGGCAGAACUGGAGAGAGAGCUGCGGAGGAAAGAUGCUGAGAUCCAGGAGCGGGAGUACCAUCUGAAGGAGCUGCGCGAGCAGCUGUCAAAGCAGACUGUGGCCAUUGCUGAGCUGACGGAGGAGCUCCAGAACAAGUGCAUCCAGCUGAACAAACUUCAAGACGUGGUGCACGUGCAGGGAGGCAGCCUGCCUCAGGCCUCCCCAGAGAAAGUGCCCCUGGAGGUGCACAGGAAGACCUCGGGGUUGGUUUCCCUGCAAAGCAGGAGAGGAGCCAAGGCUGGAGUGUCUGCUGAGCCAACCACCCGAACCUAUGACCUCAACAAGCCUCCCGAGUUCUCCUUUGAGAAAGCAAGAGUCAGAAAGGAUUCUAGUGAGAAGAAGCUCAUUACAGAUGCCCUUAAUAAAAACCAGUUUCUGAAGAGACUGGAUCCUCAGCAGAUCAAAGACAUGGUGGAAUGCAUGUAUGGGAGGAAUUACCAGCAAGGGAGUUACAUUAUUAAACAAGGAGAACCAGGAAACCAUAUCUUUGUGUUAGCAGAGGGACGAUUAGAAGUAUUCCAAGGAGAGAAAUUGCUGUCAUCCAUUCCUAUGUGGACCACAUUUGGGGAACUAGCCAUUUUAUACAAUUGUACCAGAACUGCUUCUGUGAAAGCUAUCACCAAUGUAAAAACAUGGACUCUGGACCGGGAGGUUUUCCAGAAUAUAAUGAGGAGGACAGCCCAAGCUAGAGAUGAGCAGUACAGAAACUUCCUCAGAAGUGUAUCCUUGCUGAAGAAUUUACCUGAAGAUAAAUUAACCAAGAUCAUCGACUGCUUGGAAGUGGAAUACUAUGAUAAAGGAGAUUACAUCAUUAGGGAGGGUGAGGAGGGAAGCACCUUUUUUAUCUUGGCAAAAGGAAAGGUAAAAGUCACACAGAGCACAGAGGGCCAUGAUCAACCACAGCUGAUUAAAACGCUGCAGAAAGGGGAAUACUUUGGAGAGAAAGCUCUUAUCAGUGAUGAUGUCCGAUCAGCAAAUAUUAUUGCUGAAGAAAACGAUGUUGCCUGCCUGGUGAUUGACCGAGAAACAUUCAACCAAACUGUUGGGACAUUUGAAGAUCUCCAAAAAUACCUUGAAGGAUAUGUAGCAAACCUGAACCGCGAUGAUGAAAAAAGACAUGCAAAGAGAUCCAUGUCGAACUGGAAGCUGUCCAAAGCACUGUCUCUGGAGAUGAUUCAGCUCAAGGAGAAGGUGGCCAGAUUCUCCUCAUCAUCCCCAUUCCAGAACCUUGAGAUUAUCGCCACACUGGGCGUUGGUGGGUUCGGAAGAGUUGAGCUUGUUAAAGUGAAAAAUGAGAAUGUUGCCUUUGCUAUGAAGUGUAUAAGGAAAAAGCACAUUGUGGACACUAAACAGCAGGAGCAUGUCUACUCAGAAAAAAGGAUUCUGGAAGAGUUGUGUUCUCCAUUCAUUGUGAAACUGUAUCGAACUUUCAAGGAUACUAAGUAUGUCUACAUGCUCCUGGAGGCCUGCUUGGGUGGGGAGUUGUGGAGCAUAUUAAGGGACAGAGGCAGCUUUGACGAACCCACCUCCAAAUUCUGUGUAGCUUGUGUAACGGAAGCAUUUGAUUAUCUGCAUCGACUUGGUAUUAUCUAUAGAGACCUCAAGCCAGAAAACUUAAUUCUAGAUGCCGACGGCUACCUUAAACUGGUUGACUUUGGAUUUGCCAAGAAAAUUGGUUCUGGACAGAAAACUUGGACAUUCUGUGGGACUCCAGAGUAUGUAGCCCCAGAGGUCAUUCUCAACAAAGGACAUGACUUUAGUGUGGACUUUUGGUCACUGGGAAUUCUAGUGUAUGAGCUCUUAACGGGCAAUCCACCCUUUUCUGGGAUUGACCAAAUGAUGACCUACAAUCUGAUUCUCAAGGGAAUUGAAAAGAUGGAUUUUCCCAGAAAAAUAACCCGACGACCUGAAGAUUUGAUCCGUAGGCUUUGCAGGCAAAACCCAACAGAAAGACUGGGGAAUCUGAAGAAUGGAAUCAAUGAUAUUAAAAAACACAGGUGGUUAAAUGGCUUUAAUUGGGAGGGACUGAAAGCAAGGACUCUUCCCUCGCCUUUACGAAGAGAGCUCAGUGGACCCAUUGAUCACAGCUACUUUGACAAGUAUCCUCCUGAAAAGGGAGUACCUCCAGAUGAACUUUCAGGCUGGGAUAAAGACUUUUGA